AUGUUCCUGUCCCUUGCUUCGCCGAUCCGCUGUGGUGCUUCGCGCCUGACGUCGACAUGCGCCAAGGCCUACGUAUCGACGAAUGCUCAUGGCGUGCCUAGCCUCAUGACGCUCGCAGAUGUGCGCACAGAGCAAAUUGACCGGAUUCUGCAGCACUCGGCGGCGCUCAAGCACAAGGCCAGGCACACCGCAUUGGGUCUCUCCGGUAUUGAGUCGUCUCUGACGAAAAAAACGAUCGCUCUCGUGUUUAGCAAGCGCAGCACUCGGACACGUGUAGCGAGUGAGUCAAGUGUCGCCGCCCUCGGUGGACACGCCAUGUUCCUGUCGCCGUCAGACAUCCAACUGGGUGUCAAUGAGAGCUUGUACGAUACCGCGCACGUCGUCAGCUCCAUGGUGGACGGCAUUAUGGCGCGUGUAGGCAGCCACGAUGAAAUUGAGAUGCUUGCUGGCAACUCGCGCGUGCCUGUGAUCAACGCUCUGUCAAGCCGCUUCCACCCAACGCAAAUCCUGGCCGACUUGCUGACGAUGCUGGAAGCCGACGGUCAGAAGAGCUGCAAGGCGCUGGCAGGCAAGAAGGUUGCGUGGGUCGGCGACUCGAACAACAUUCUGAACGACAUGCUUGUCACGUACCCACGCCUUGGUAUGCAUCUCAGUGUCGCUGCUCCGCAAGGUCCUGCCUAUGCAUGCGAUCCAAUUGUGUGGGACCUAAUGCAAAAAGGGCUUGAGGAGCUGCCUUCGGAUCAACCCCGUGGGCAUGUCGAAUGGUGUCAUGACCCGCUGCGCGCUGUUCGCGAUGCCGACUACAUUGUGACGGACACAUGGAUUUCUAUGGGUGACGAAGCGCAGAAAGAACAGCGCUUGCGCGACUUUGCUGGAUUUCAGGUGACGAAUGAUCUCGCCCGCCAAGGCAAGGCGAAGCUUGACUGGAAGUUUAUGCACUGCCUGCCACGCAAGGCUGAGGAAGUGUCCGACGACGUGUUCUAUGGACCGCACUCGAUGGUAUUCCCCGAAGCAGAAAAUCGAAAGUGGACGAUUAUGGCCUGCUUUGAUUGGCUCUUUGGCCGUCGUGCUUUGUAA